AUGUCGUUGGUGGGAAACUUUGCCUUUGGCUCUGGAGACCGGACUUCAGAGAAUACCGGCACAGGCUCAACAGGGACUCCAUUCGCACGCCGUGCUAGCCAAGUCGACCAGGAUCCAGAGGGCACCGCACGUGCAGCUCCACGACGAAACAGUAGCUGGUUGCGUGGCCGGCGACCGUCACAAAUCGCACGCGAACACCCCAUAUCACCCUCCGAGCUGGAUGUAGAAAAGGCCGGGAACGAGGCCUUUGAGACUCCCAAUGAAUAUCCACUUUCUCCAGUCGGAGAUUUCGAUGAAAAGCAUGGGGAGUCCGAUGACGACUCCUCGCAAAAGCACUCCGACAGAGCCAUAACGCAGUUGGCGCGAACAAUCACGCAAGCGUCAACACGAAGCAAUGUUCCUGACAAUCCAUUUACCGCCGAGCCAGGCUCCGAGCUGGACCCCAGCUCGCCCAACUUCCGGGCGAGAUCGUGGGUCAAGAGCAUGAUCAAGCUAAAUCGAGAGGAUGGCCGAACACCAACUCGUACAGGCGGUGUCGCCUUCCGUGGUCUAAGUGCCCAUGGUUUUGGAGCGGCCACGGACUAUCAAAAGGAUGUGGCCAACGUCUGGCUCGAAACCGUCGGCUAUGUGAAAAAGGCACUGGGUAUGGCGAAGCCUCGGCGAAUCGAUAUCCUGCGCGACCUUGAGGGAGUUGUGGAAAGCGGAGAGAUGCUCAUUGUACUCGGGCCACCUGGAUCGGGAUGUACAACAUUCCUGAAAACUGUCACCGGUGAGAUCCAUGGCUUUGAGGUUGACUCUGGCUCUCAUCUCAAUUACCAGGGUAUCCCGGCACACCACAUGCACACGUACUUCCGUGGCGAGGCCAUCUACACAGCAGAAGUCGAUGUUCACUUUCCCAUGUUGACUGUGGGCGACACACUCACAUUCGCUGCCCGCGCCAGAGCCCCACGCAUGGUGCCAGGAGGCAUUAGCAAGAAUGAAUGGGCACAGCAUCUCCGGGAUGUCAUCAUGGCAACCUUUGGCAUCUCUCACACCAUCAACACCAAAGUCGGAAACGACUUUGUGCGCGGUGUGUCUGGUGGAGAGCGAAAGCGUGUGUCCAUUGCUGAAGCUGCCCUUAGUGGAGCACCUCUGCAGGCAUGGGACAACUCGACGCGUGGUCUCGAUUCAGCAAACGCCAUUGAAUUUUGUAAGACGCUACGUGUGAAUGCAGAGCUCGGUGGAUCGGCUGCAAUGGUUGCCAUCUACCAGGCUCCACAGUCUGCAUACGACCUGUUCGACAAGGCCAUUGUCUUGUACGAAGGCCGUCAGAUCUACUUUGGCCGCACCGGAGACGCAAAGGUUUACUUUGAGAACCUCGGAUUCGAGUGUCCAAGUCGUCAAACCACAGCUGAUUUCUUGACGUCCAUGACUUCAGCGCAGGAGCGGGUCGUCAAGCCAGGAUUUGAGAACAAAGUCCCUCGCACUCCAGAUGAGUUUGCUGCUGCGUGGAAAAGUAGUUCAGAACGCCAGCAACUACUCCAGGACAUUGAGAAGUACGAUGAGAGAUUUCCCUUCGAAGGCGAGGCGUACCAGCAAUUCGUCGAGAGUCGGAAAGCUCAGAAAGCAAAAGGCCAGCGAUUGAAGUCCCCCUACACGCUUUCCUACACGCAACAAGUUCAACUUUGUCUGUGGCGAGGAUUCCGCCGGCUGAUCGGGGAUCCAGAGCUUACAUACACCCAAUUGUUUGGCAACUUCGCUAUGGCACUCAUCCUUGGCUCUGUCUUUUACAACCUGGAACAAACCUCGCAGUCAUUCUUCCAGCGCGGCGCAGUUCUCUUCUUCGCCGUCCUUAUUAACGCCUUCGGAUCCGCAUUGGAAAUUCUAACCCUUUAUGCCCAACGACCGAUUGUCGAAAAGCAUGCUCGUUACGCACUUUACCAUCCGUCGGCGGAGGCUUUUGCUUCCAUGCUCACAGACAUACCGUACAAGGUCGUCAACGCCAUCAUCUUCAACACCACUCUGUACUUCAUGGUCAAUCUGAGAAGGGAGCCUGGUCCAUUCUUCUACUUCCUGUUCGUCAGCUUCAUUGCCACGUUGACGAUGAGCAUGAUGUUCCGAUCAAUCGCAUCCUUCUCCCGAACACUCUCACAGGCGAUGACACCUGCCGCGAUCAUCAUCCUGGCUGUCGUCAUAUUCACUGGAUUCGCAAUUCCCGUUAACUAUAUGUUGGGCUGGUGUCGCUGGAUAAACUACAUCGAUCCCGUGGCGUAUGCCUUUGAAGCACUGAUGGUCAACGAGUUCACUGGUCAACAGUACAGUUGUGAAUCGGCACAGCUCGUUCCAAACUACGGAAACCUUGGCGCCGAGUCAAGAGUAUGCUCGUCCGUCGGCGCUGUGGCUGGUCUCGAUUUCGUCGAAGGUACUGCCUACAUCAAUUCUGCCUUCAGCUACUACGCCAGUCACAAGUGGAGAAACGUGGGGAUACUAUUUGCGUUCAUGAUUGGUUUCAUGGUAUUUUACCUGACUGCGACCGAGCUUAUCAGCGCGAAGAAAUCGAAGGGCGAGGUCCUUGUCUUCCAGAUGGGUCACAUUCCACGAGCACUCAAGGAGAAGAAGAACGACGAGGAAGCCAUCGACAUGAAACACUCCACCGCUCUAACCCAGACGAGAAGCUACGUUGAAGCCACGGACAUCAUCCAAAAGCAAACCGCAAUCYUCAGCUGGAAGGAUGUUUGCUACGAUAUCAAAAUCAAGAGCGAAGAACGCCGGAUUCUUGACCACGUCGAUGGCUGGGYCAAGCCCGGGACGUUGACCGCACUCAUGGGCGUGAGCGGCGCAGGCAAAACGACGCUGCUGGAUGUCCUCGCUACUCGCGUAACGAUGGGUGUAAUCAGUGGCGAUAUGCUUGUUGAUGGACGUCAGCGUGACUCGUCCUUCCAACGGAAGACUGGUUAUGUCCAGCAGCAGGAUCUCCACCUGCAAACAACUACUGUUCGCGAAGCCUUGACCUUUAGCGCACUUUUGCGUCAGCCCAAAGCCGUUCCUCGCAAAGAGAAGCUCGAUUACGUUGACGAUGUGAUCAAGCUUCUCGAUAUGGAAGAGUACGCUGAUGCAGUCGUCGGUGUCCCUGGCGAAGGAUUAAAUGUGGAGCAACGCAAGCGCCUAACCAUUGGCGUGGAACUGGCUGCGAAGCCCGAGCUUUUGCUUUUCCUUGAUGAGCCUACUUCCGGACUGGACUCUCAGACCUCCUGGGCUAUUUGUGAUCUUAUGGAGAAGUUGAAGAAAUCUGGUCAGGCUGUCCUGUGUACUAUUCAUCAGCCUUCGGCUAUGCUGUUCCAGCGUUUCGAUCGCCUGCUUUUCCUGGCAAAGGGAGGCAGAACAGUCUACUUCGGAGAGGUAGGCGAGAAUUCCAAGAUCUUGUCGAGCUACUUUGAGCGAAAUGGUGGUCAUAAGUGUCCACCCGAUGCAAAUCCUGCGGAGUGGAUGCUGGAAGUCAUUGGCGCCGCGCCAGGCUCCUCCACAGACAUCGACUGGCACCAGACAUGGCGUGAAAGUCCGGAAUAUCAACAAACACAACAAGAGUUGGAACGUCUCAGGGUCGAAAGGCCGAAGGAGACAGAGCCUGCCACGGAUGUGAACGACGCUGACAGCUACCGCGAGUUUGCCGCACCCUUUGGAGAGCAAUUGACCUCAGUUCUCGUCCGUGUCUUCCAGCAAUACUGGCGGACACCUUCAUACAUCUACGCAAAGCUGGCGCUCUGUCUCCUCUCUGGACUGUUCAUCGGCUUCAUCUUCUACAACGCACCUCUCACACAGCAAGGUCUACAAAACCAAAUGUUCUCGAUUUUCAUGACCUUUACCAUCWUCGGCCAGAUCUCACAACAAAUCAUGCCGCACUUUGUCACCCAGCGCGCCUUGUAUGAAGUCCGCGAACGUCCCUCCAAGACCUACAGCUGGCAAGUCUUCAUGAUCAGCAACAUCGUCGUCGAACUCCCGUGGAACGCCUUGGGUGCGGUAUUCCUCUUCUUCGCCUACUACUACCCGGUCGGCCUCUACAACAACGCCGUCCCGACCGACACCGUCGCAGAGCGUGGCGCGCUCUUCUUCCUCUUCAUGCUCCUCUUUCUCAUCUUCACCUCGACUUUCACAAACAUGAUCAUCGCAGGCAUGGACUCGGCCGAAACCGCGGGCAACAUUGGAAAUCUGGUGUUCUCCCUCUCCCUCGUCUUCUGCGGCAUCCUCGUGAGUCCUCAAUCUCUCCCACGCUUCUGGAUCUUCAUGUACAGGGUCUCGCCUUUCACCUACCUCGCGGGAGGAUUCCUUGCAACGGGCCUUCGAGACCAAAAGGUCCAGUGCGCCAGUAACGAAUACCUCGUCCUUCAACCCGAGGACAACCAGACUUGUGACGAAUACAUGUCGGCUUGGAUCAAUGGCGGCGAUGGUCAAGCGGCCGCGGGAGGAUACCUCUUGGAUCCCUCCGCGACGAGCGAAUGUCGGUACUGCACUUAUGAUGAUACGAAUGUCUUUUUGCGCCGUGUAUCGAUUAAUCCGGAAGAUGCAUGGAGGAAUUUUGGCAUCAUGUGGGGCUAUGUUGUUUUCAAUAUUGCGGCGGCGAUCUUCUUCUACUGGCUGGUUCGCGUGCCCAAGAAUAAAGGAAAGAAGAAGGAGAAGAGUGCCUAG